AUGAGCGAUAAUCUUCCAUGGCUGGAGAACCUUUUGGACGAUUGGGUGCCAGUCCCUGCACCUGGAACUCCUGAUACUCCUGGAACUCCCAACAGUCCAGUCCCAUCUCGAUCAUUCACCCAUUCCCGGCAGUCCAGCCUACAAAACUCUCCUAGUCGCAUUCCUGUCCCCGCGCGUCGCUCCGCCGGCCCUUCGCGCCCUUCGCUUGAUUCUUUCAGAAAGAAAGUUUCCAGACCGUGCCACUUCAUCAAACGAGAACCGCCCACACCUAAGACCCCUCGUACCCCCAAGACCCCCUCCAAACUGCGAUCGCCGCUCCCUCUCCCGGAGAAGUCCACCAAGAAGAGCCCGAACCCGAUUUCGGACCCGCCCUCGCUCCGUAAACAACAGUCCGCGAUGGACACGAGGUCGCCGUUACGGUCAGUUUCGAACGCCUCUGGCGAAUCUGAGCAGCAGAGCACAGUCCAAGUGAGACCAAAGAAGGGCAAAGGCAAGGACGGCACCCCUGAAUGGCGGAGAAGACUGGUACAGGGAGCCAUACCCGCGGGGGAGCAGCGCGACCUAUUUGCACCGAUUGGCUUGGAGAGUGUAUUCAAACCGCCGACCCCGGGCACCGAGAAGACGCAAGACGAGGCGAUAUCGCGCUUGAAACAGUCAGAUAGUUUGUGGCACUUUACGACGCCUCACAGCUACGACGAUACCAACUUCGGAGACCCCCACAGUCCCGAGUUGUCGCCCAAGCAGGCAGAGUCUGCUGGAAGCCCAAAAAGUUCGAGCAAUGGAACGGUGGCUAUGAGAACAGGAUCGAAACAAUCCCUUCCAGACCGUGGUGAUCAUCUCGAGGUCUCCGUCAAUAAUAACCAACAGAGAACUGCAAGCGGAUUGGAGGAUUUGCGCAAUGAGGAUUUCACGCCGAUCACGUUUACCCGCACAAAUACAGUUGACGGACAGGCGACGUCGGAAGUGAUCAAAUCGGCAUUGAAACAAGUGACAAACAAGCUCGAGAGGUUACAUCUAUCACCCGGGGAUCGUCCGGAAUCCCGGGCGAGCGAUAGUCUGCUGAUCCAUCAACAGCCGGAAACCGCGGUGGAUGCGCUGCCGGAGGACGACUUACUCGACGUCACAAGUAAUUCUUUACCAAAAGAUCUCUCUAUGGGGACGCUAGAUUACCGGGGACGAGGAGCCUUUGCGGACUUGCGGAGGGAGGAGUAUGCGAACGAUGGUUCUUUCCAAAGGAUUCGCCUGUCUCCGCCUCCCUUCCCCUCUGAGCGGCUUUCACCCUUCCUUCCUGCCAGCUCAAGAAUCCGGAGCUCACCUCCAUUCUACCAAAAGGCUAACCCUAUUACUGACCCACCGACGCUGCCGCGGCCCUCAUCUGCCCAUGUUGGAGUACCAAAGCUUGUCCAGUCGAGCGCUGAUAGACCAGAAGCCAUGCCCUCCUCCGGAAGCCCGCUCAAGCUUUUCGGAAACCAUGAUACCUUCACCAAUAAUCAUCUAUUACGCAGGAUGAGCCAGUUCGAAGAGACUUUUGGGGGUCUUUCCGAGGAUGAUGAACCUGUCUCACCAUCCGAGGAAGCUCGUCGGAAGGGUGAAAGCAGAAGCUUCCUGACCGUGAAUCAUGAGGCUGUGGGUGAACAGCCCUCGAGGAGACACGAACGGCCGAGGUCGCGCAAUACACCGACUCCCCGCAUCAACAGAUUUGGGGACGGCCAGCUGGACAAUUUCGACUUCUCCGACACGAGUCCGUACGAACCUAAAUUCCUGAAUAAUGAAGCGGUGGAAUCUACGCAACAACCGCAGCGGCGACAGUCUGUUGAGCGAAGAUACAUCAGGCGCCGCUCUUAUAGACAAAAUAGCCAUAGCUCCGACUUCAGCAAGUCAAACAGGGGCUCGAGGUCCACGGCUCUGUCAGACAUCACCUCAAGUGCCAAGGCCAUAAGGAACCAAGGGCUGGCAAGGGUAGAAGAGAUGUACCUGUCGGAAACCGACUCAUCGCUCAACACGCCUGCUAAAGACCCAACCCCCAAGAGGCGCAGAACUUUUCUCAGAUCGUACAACUCAAGACAAGAGCCCCCCGAAAACCCUGGCCAGAAUCCAGACAACAUGUCCUUGCUCCAACGGAGCUUGGUUGAACAGGGCCUGAGGUAUGAAGACGAUCAAUCUUCGCUCCGCUCACAAUCGUCGCCCCGACCGCGGACUCCAACUCCAAGUCAAUUGCGGUCUGCUUCACGGAAAAGGCCGUCAUCAGGCAGGGCCUAUUCGCGGGCUGGAUAUGCUGGUUCUACUGAUCAGGACUCCCCUGCGGACAGUGCCAUACCUAUGGUAAGAGUGAAUGGCAUUAAUGAAGGCGGCCGUAAGGGUUCAAUUACCACUCAAGACUUUCUCAACGAGGCCACGAAGAUAAUGGAUAUAAUCAGAUCCAAGGGCAGGUCUGCAGGCGGCUUGUCUAGCGUGGAGGAAUCUGAUGCCGAAGAUGUCGACGAAAGUGGGAGCUAUGAAGACGAAUCGACUCGGGAAGAAUUUUCGCGGCCUCCAAGUCGCGAUGGCGCCGACAUGCGGAGACUGAGGGAGCCCCAACAACAGAGCCCCCGGAUCUUAAGUCAUCUCAAGAGAUUUCAAGAAGAGGAUGACCAGGAGUUCGGAGUGAACGCGUCAGCAAUGUCUCUGAAUCUGCACCACGACCAAGAGCAUUCGGACGACGAUAAUAACGAAGAUGACGACCUUCCUGAGCUUCUCACUAUUAACACGCAAGUAUCGUCUAAGAGCCUCAGUGCGCGCUCAGUUCCCACAGGCUCUUCACAAAGCUCGCAUGCAAAGGGCGUUCUGUCUUCAGAUGUUAUCUCGCGACUUAUACCCGAACAGGUGAAUGGCUUGGUCUACGAUCGGGACAAGAACCAAUGGGUUCGGGAGAAGCCCAAACCAACUUCCGAGAAGCCAAAGGGCGAAGACAGUGAGGAUGAUCCGUUCAAAGACAUUCCUGACCUCAGUGUUGAUGAACUGCAAGAAAUGAUGCGAAUGCAGAGCUCCGCCUCGCCGGAAAGAACGAAAGACUCCACUCGGCUUGAGAAUGACCAAUGCUUGAGCCCACUCAGUUCAUCCCAAUUCUCAACGAAAUCAUCGUUGCGCCCACCACAAUUCAAGGCUUCUGGCGCAUCGGUUGACGGCAGUUCAGUACACUCAAAGGACCAAGCCAACUCCAAGCUUUCCGAUUCAGAAACUAAAGCUACAUCCUGGGGUACAGACGCCCGCAAAGCGAGCAAAUCUGUCAGCGAGAUAGAACAUGAGAUUCAGCUUCACGAAGGCCGAUUGUCGAAGCCUCCUCGACGCUUAAUGAAUGGUCGUAACCAAGCUCGUGUUGUGACGAUAAGCUUUUCGUCCCCCCUUGUCUCACAGGUUGCAUACAGUGAUGAUGAGAGUCCCGCAAAGCUUCUACAAGCCCGAGGCAAUCUGCAACCUCCUCUCAAGUCCAAAGUGCCCGGUAACAGCCCCUUGAGUUUCACACAGCCUCAGAAGAACCUGCUACUGCCUCAGCCUGAAUCACCUGACAACAAAGUAUCCUUACCCAAUCGGACGCCGACUCGUGACACAAGGACAACGAGGGAGAAAUCCGCCGAGGCUCUUAGUCUUGUUCGGAGAGGUAUAGGGUCAACCGACUGGACCCCGCAAAAGGACAACGCGGAUACAUCAUUGGCAUGUCUUGAACAUAACGGCCAAGAAACCACGUAUAGCUUUCACCUCAGCCCCUUACCUGACUUCACAGUUGAUCAGAUCGAUCCGUCCCUUCACCUGGAAGUAAGCUAUGUCGCACAGCGCACUCACCCAACUUCAUUGCGCCAGGUCCAUGGAACUUUCGCAUUGGCGACUGAAGAACUGAUCAAACACAUUACCGAAGCCGAACCGUGGGAACCACACUGGGAACAUGUUCGUCGCUUGGUCCUUCGACACAAAGGACUGCUUACGCUUCAUAAAUUGUGCGAUUUCUGCCCUCGUCUGGAAGAUUUGGAUGUGUGCGGAAAUGCUAUCGGCCAACUGAGCGGCGUGCCCUCCACUCUAAGGACACUUAAUAUCCAAGACAAUUGCCUUUCUAACCUGACAGCCUGGGGCCAUCUGAUGAAUCUGCAAUAUCUGGACGUGUCCGGCAAUGAAUUGGAGAGUCUCAAUGGGUUCAGCAGUCUAAUUCACCUUCGAGAGCUCAAGGCCAAUGACAACAACCUCAAAGAUAUCAGCGGUAUUUACGACUUGGAUGGAUUGUUGAGUUUGCAACUGAGAAACAAUGAGCUGGAGGAGCUUGACUUUGGUCGAGCCGAGCUAACCCGUCUCGAGACAUUGGACCUCAGUCACAACCAGCUCACUUCUAUACGGAACAUCAGCGCCCUUCCAUCUCUUACAGCCGUUGACCUCCGCUCCAAUAAACUGUAUGAGCUUUCAGCGUCCGCGACUCUUUUCAAUCUACAGUCAUUGAAGGUUUCAAACAAUGUACUACGUAGCAUCGAUAUCUCGAUGUUUCCUUCGUUGACACUCCUUUACGCCGAUCAAAACUUCUUGAGUACGAUUUCCGGACUCGGAACAUGCCGCUCAUUGGAAGUUUUAUCUGCUCGAGAUCAGAUGAGUGGGAGCAAUGGCGGCUUGUUUGAAGUUGACCUGGGCCUGACGCAAGACAUUCGCAAAGUGUUCCUUUCUUCUAACAGGCUUGCUCCGCGCUGCCUUGCACCAUCAAAUGCUCUCCUGAGCUUGCAGCUCCUGGACAUUGCAUCAUGCAGCCUACAAGUCCUCCCAGAAGAUUUUGCGUCAAGCUUUCCCAACGUAGCGGUCUUGAAUUUGAAUUUCAACUCGCUUCAGGGGGUCAAUGAAUUGGUGGGCAUGAAGUGUCUUUCCCGAUUAGCGAUUGCUGGCAACAAUAUCACUAGACUCAGACGUCUUUGCCAAGUCCUGGGUCGUAUCGGAAGAACUAACAGAGGGAAACUCUGUUCCCUCCAAAAGAUCGACACCCGAGGCAACCCACUUACACUCCGGUUCUAUCCGACCGCAGUCAUCGAUAGUGGGAAGGCCACCACAAAGAAACUAAAAGCCAAGGAGGACCGUCCCCAACGCACACAAGCUGGCUUGGACAUCCCUUCGGCUCUGGCCGAAUUUCGAGACGACUUCGACACGGAUCACUUGACUGUCGCGAGAGAGGAUGAUAAAUCAGACGACUCCAAAGAAGUCGAAGUACAUGACCCUUAUACCCUUCCACUUGCGGAUCCUCUGGCCGAUCAGAAACACCUAUCCCAUUUGGACGAGUCCACACGACUGCGACGCAGUGUUUUCGAGCUUAUGCUUUACGCAGGGAGUGGAGGAUCCAUCAAAAUUCUCGACGGUUUGGAGCUACGGCCGUCUCUUGAAGAGGGCUCCGACAUGAACCGGGCCUGGGCGAGACUUGAGAAGCUUGGUGUCCUCAAGAGAAAAGCUAUUACCGCAUGAGAUGGGCGGUAAAAAGAAUUGUAUCACAUCUCACACUUUUUUUGGAUGCAAAAGGCGGAGUUUAGUAGCAUCGAAGCCGGUUCGCUUCUUCUUUCUAUUUGAUUUUAUCGGUGUAUUUUCUUACCCAGUGUGGGCCUCACAUGUUCUUCGGACGGCGUCACGCUUCUCUUUUGCCCAGCAGGCUUGCAUACCAGGAGUUGUGACUUGUGCAUUUGACUUUCGAGCGGACUACCCCAGGGCUUUCGUUGUGCAUUGCGUUGUUACUUUUUCUAAUACAAU